AUGGCUUCAUACCGGUUCGGAUCAGGCAGCUUCCUGCUCGCCAUUGCGGUCAUCCUUAUCGUAAUGCCGGGUAGAGUUGCUGCCUUCGGUGCUGGUAACAUCCCUUCCAUCGCCCAGGUAGAAGGUCACAACUGGCGCCACGGAGAUAUCGAGGACACCCUCAAGACGAUCGCCUUCCUCCACGGAAAGAAGUGGACUACUUUGAUGGUCCAACGUACAUAUUUCGGAAACUGGCUCCGCGAUUACUCCCAAGCCAUCGACGUUGGAAGCUUGAAAGGAGUCAAUGCUGCCACCAUCCGCAUCCUGGUUUGGGUCUUAUCCUUCCUUGCCAACGGUUAUGCUACCGAAGAGUUUGAAGUCACUGAGGAGCGCCUUGGCGUUUACCGUCCGGAAGAACACAUUGACAAUCCUCUCGGAUAUGCCGACGGCCUAGAUGCCAGGACUUUCGACCAACGGCUGAGAGGGCCUGUCCUGCCUGUCGAAACCGAAAUUGACCCGCGUACCGGUAUGAAAAACUACAUCGCUAACGAGCAAGGUAAUUGGGCAACCAGCGCCGGUUAUCUUCGGUUCAGCUUUGGCCGGUGUGUUCACUUCGGUAGACUCUACUACCAUGGUUCUCACGGCAAGGGUAAGGAAGAAGAUCUGUGUGAGGCCUUGAGAUGCCUGGGGCAGGCGCUUCAUUGCAUGGAGGACUUCAGUGCCCAUAGCAACUACUGCGAACUGGCCCUUCGCGAACUCGGUUACCACGAUGUUUUCCCUCAUUGCGGAUCUAGUUCUGAGAUUAAUCUACGCGGUAGGCGAGUCUUUCCCUUAGUGACAGGUACCUUCGGCGGCGUCGACUUUCUUCAUUCCGUACUAGGAGAAGCCAAUGAUCACUUUACGCAAUCCGAGGUCGACCAGCUAGAUAUUGCCCUGAAGAACUCAGAGCAGUCGUCUGGGCCGUCGGGAAGUAGCGGUACCCGGGGAUUCGGCGGCGGAUUCGGCGGAGGCGAUUUCAUCUCUCUUGUCAGCCAGCUGCCUGGUAUAGGAGGUGGAAUGGCUUCGGAGGCGCGGGAUUUGAAGAGGAUGGCAGAUGAUCAGGAGAGAAGAAACGAACAGCAAGCAUACUCGAGCACGCGAUCUAACCAGAACAUCGUUCCCGGGAUGAGUGAAAACUUUGACCCCGUCAAGGUUUCCAAACAGAUUUACCCCAUUUUGGAAUUCCGCGACAAGAUCGUCAAGGCGAUCAACAGGGGCAUAGCUAAGAUUCCCGGUCUAGAGAGCCUCCUCGAGCACAUUAGCGAGACACUCACCGCGUUUGUCCUCGGUCUGCUAGCACCCUUCAUAAGGCCCAUCAUCAACGCUGUUACCAAGGUGCUAAAGGAUGGCUCCUCGGGCGUCAUCAGCGCCAGCGCCAAUUCGCAGCUUGAGCCGUGGAAAAAUCCCCAUUGUACCGACCCAACCCAUUCUAUGCUUUCCAAGGAUCAUUUCACAAACGUCUUGAACCCGUGCGCCGGGAGAGUCGCUGCCACCAUCCUGAAAUACGUGGUCCCGCGAGUUCUCUAUGCUUGGGAUAAUCCUGGCGUGCCGGUAGACGAAGUUGUAAAUGACCUCUUACGCGCUUUUCACCACCCAGCCCUCCGAGACGAGCAUAUCGAGAUCCAACGCGAAAUGUUCAACACCGUGCGCAAAUGGGCUGACGAGCACCCACGUCGCCACGAUCUCGACCGGAUUUUAGGUUCUGAAUCCGUGCGUAACGGCAAGAACCACGUCUUGUCGGGGCAGAAGGGUCAUUCACACGGCGGCGGCAUCUUCGACGGCGGACUUAUGGAGCAGCUGGGCCAUGGCACGCCUUCCGGAUCGCUGUGGUCGCAGUGCGCUACAAGAGAUCUAAAUGCCAUGGGAGCCGGUAACACACUAGGUCCAGAACCAGUUUAUGGAUCGAGCCGCCCAACAUCCCCGCAUUCUCAAGGACAUCCGGCACCGAGCCCGGGUUAUGGAUAUUCGCCGCACCAACCUCCCCAUCAGAGCUACGGCGGCCCGCCUCCCGCUCACUACCCUGCCUACGGCCAACAACAUUAUCCUCCACAGGGUUACGGAGCACCACCUCAAGGAGAAGCUGCAUCGUAUUAUGGCGCAUCACAGCCUUCGCAAGGUUACCCCCCUCAGGGAUACGGAGCGCCGCCGCCCCCUCAAGGAUAUUCAUCUUACGGACAACAGCAAUGGGGAGGCGGAUACGGUAAUCCACCUUAUCCCUAA